ACAGUCCACGUGGGGGCGGUAGAGACGCUUUUUCAAGUCCCGCCAAAUGACGUCUGUCGUAGAAGAAGAACUCAACUGUUAUGGUCACCAUGGCCCAGCGUAAAGAUCAGCUCAGGCGAAAAGAUCUGUCCAAGAUGGUGGUGGCGUGUGAGUGGGGGAACUGCUCCUUUAAAGGCACCAGAAUGGAGGACCUGAGCGAACACAUGUCUCAGCACCUGAAGGACCAUGUAGGCGAGGGAGACAACCUGGACGAACUCGAUGACUGUCCGUGCCUGUGGCGUGGCUGUGAGUUUGUGGCUAUGGGCAAUGUCAAGGAGUUGGCGGUGCACGCACACUUCCACGUGUUCCACGCCAAGCUGAUGUUCGUUGGCCGGCAGCAGCUGCAGGCACAUCCCGAGCUGCCCACCUGCACCCAGGAGCUCAACAGUAGCAACCUCAUCACCGAGCUGGGAGACGCCUUCGUGUGCGAGUGGGAGCACUGUGACAGCACGUUUAACAAUGCUGAGUGGUUCUAUCGGCAUGUGGAUAUGCAUGCCCACUGCACUGAGCUGCGCGCCUUACCUGAUCGCCAGCAGGUGCUCUUCUGCAGUUGGAAAGGCUGCGAGGCCUUUUUUAAGAUCAAGUAUCGGCUGCGGGAACACCUGCGCAGCCACACACAGGAGCGCAUCGUCGCCUGCCCCACUUGUGGGGGAAUGUUCUCCAGCAACACCAAGUUCUUCGACCACAUCCAGCGCCAGGCCCAGCCCGAUGAAACGCUGAUAUGUGGUCACUGUGAUAAACGCUUCGCCAAUGAGAGACUCCUGAGAGACCAUGUACGCCAGCAUGUGAACCACAUAAAGUGCCCUCUCUGUGAUAUGACCUGUACUUCUCUUGCGACGCUGAAGAUCCACAUCAAGUUCCGUCAUUGUGAUGAGCGGCCAUUCCCGUGUGACUUCUGCGAGAGCUGCUUUAAGAAUCAGCACGACCUCAGGAAACACAUGGAGACGCAUAACGAGGGCGAGUACCAGUGCCAAGUGGAUGGAUGUGCCUACACCUCACGAAUGUCCCACACUAUGCGUCAGCACUACAGGAGAUACCAUGAGGGUGCAACAGUGUCGCGGUAUAAGUGCCACCUGUGUGAUAAGACCUUUUCCUGGUGCUACACCCUGACGCUACACCUGCGGAACAAACACCAGCUGAAGUGGCCCUCCGGACACGCACGCUUCAGGUAUAAGAAAGAUGAGGAUGGUUUCAUGCGUCUGAACAUGGUGCGUUACGAGACGGUGGAGGUGACGCAGGAGAUCAUGAAGAACAUGGCCACGAAGCGAACGCCGCGCAAGUCCCCCGGGGGCGGCCCUCUGCCCAAACGCCCCGCCCUCGAGUCCUCCACAGACGACUCCUCCGACCCGGAUCCCUCCGUCCCGUCGUCCCCUGACCCGCCCGAGCUGUUGGAAGACCACGCCUCCUCGCCACGCCCGCAGGAGGCGGGGCCUGUGUACUGUGUCCUGAAGACCCUGUCGCACGUAGGGGCCGAGCAGGAGGAAGACGAGCAGGCGGAGUCAAGCGGCAGCCAAUCAGGAGCGGAGAGGGCGCUGGCGGCUGUGGCGAGGGGGCUGGGCAUGGAUGUGGUGUGAAAGGUCAGGGGUCAGGCUGACGACGAGGAUGAAAAGGACUUCCUACCCUUAUUCUUUUAUAGCUCACCUGAUUGUGUGCGUGCGUGUGUUAGGGGUGAUGUGGUUGUCAGCCGGUCUGAAGGGACCUGGCUUAAGAUCACCUGCACACAGGCCCAAAUGUGGCCUAACGUUUAAGUUUAGUGGGGAAGAGAUGUGAAUAUGUUUUAAUGAGCCAGAUUUUAGAGAUUUUAUUAGUUUUAUCUGUUUUUACAAUGUUUGCUGUUGUCUAUUUUUGGUUGGGAAUUAAAUGAUAUGGAGACACUACCAUGGCUGUGCAGGAACCAGUGAGUGUGGGUGGGGUCUGAUCACCUGGACCAAUAGAAUUUGAGAAUGGUCUGAUAACCAGGACCAAUCGAAGGUGAGAAUGGUCUGAUCACCUGGACCAAUAGAAUGUGAGAAUGUCCUGAUGAGCGGAUAAGGGAUGUUAAGAAUCCGGUUUCCUGAACAGAUGAGACCUCACUCACACACCUGCCCCACAUCAGAUCUCUCACUCACACACCUGCUCCAACACUUCUGAUCAUCUGCCUCAUGGCCUCAGUGUCCACAUAGAGAGAGCACUGAUAUAUUAACUUGUUUAUUUUGUUUUGUUUUUAUUUAAUUUUGUAAACAGUUUUUCUCCAUUGUAUUUUUAUAGAGCGAUGAGGUGUUUUUAUAUUUGGCAUGGCUGGUGUGGCUGAGACUCAGGAGCAGGGUGCUG